AUGUCCAGCCAAAGGGACCGAGACAUGGAGGACAUACAUGAGGAAGACAUUGAUGAAGAUGAUAUCCUAGCCAGCUUGUCUCCUGAGGAGCUUCAAGAACUCCAGAAAGAGAUGGAUGUUUUAGCUCCAGACGAGAGAGUACCGCUUGGUCAGAGACAGAAUGACCAGAAGAAAGAGAAGCCAUCCGCCGACUCUGAUGAGGAUGAAGACAUUGAUGAAGAUGAUAUCCUGGCAAAAUUGUCUCCUGAGGAGCUCAAAGAGCUCCAGAAAGAGAUGGACGUUAUAGCCCCGGAUGAGAGGGUACCUGUGGGUCAGAGGCAGAAGAGCCAGACAGAGAAGGCGCCCACAGGUUUGUUUGACCACAGGGGCCUGGUGGAUUAUCUGUACUGGGAGAAGGAGUCCAAACGCAUGCUGGAGGAGGAGAGGGUCCCCGUCACUCUACUGCCCAGUAAGGAGAAAGAGGAACAGGAGAAAAAGGACAUACCCGUAAAAGAUGAAAGGGUCAUAGAAAAACAUGAACAUCCAGUGAAUGAGCAUCUAAAAGAGUCACCGGAUGAUAACAGCACUAACACUGUAAACACUACCAGUCCUCUGCAACCCCCACCAGAGUCCACAGACAUGAAAGAAAAUAAAGAGAUUGAGAGAACAGAGCAAAAGAGCACAUCACAAAUACCUGAGAAAGUAAAAAAUAACACCACAGACGCUCCCAUUCCUGAAGAAAUAGAGAUGACUCCAGAGGAGAAGAGGGCCUGUUUUGUUCCAGAGAAAGAGGUGAGGGUAAUUAACAAACUAAAUAUUCCAAAGCUGGCCCUUGGUGGGGGCCUUGGUGGCCUUGGUGGGGCCAAGAAGACAUCAAGACCCUCAGGGAAUGAGACAAACCUGGACACCACUCUGGAUAAGAUCUGCAACAACAACCCCACUAUCACAGACGUAAACCUGAAUAACAUAGAAAACAUUCCCAAAGAAAUGCUAAUAGAAUACGUCAAUGCCUUGAAGAAGAACAAACACGUCAAGACCUUCAGCAUAGCCAACACCGGCGCAGACGAAAACAUUGCCUUCACCCUGGCCAACAUGCUGAGAGAGAACCGUAGCAUCACCACACUGAACAUAGAGUCUAACUUCAUAACAGGGAAGGGCAUUAUUGCCAUUAUCCGCUGCCUACAGUUCAACGAGACGCUCACUGAGCUCCGCUUCCACAACCAGAGACACAUGCUGGGCCACCACGCAGAGAUGGAGGUGUCACGCCUGCUCAAGGCCAACAACACCCUCCUGAAGAUGGGCUACCACUUUGAACAGGCGGGCCCCAGAAUGGUGGUAACCAACCUGCUGACCAGGAACCUGGACCGCCAGAGACAGCAGAGGAACGAGGAGCAGAGCAAGCAGCAGCAGCAGCAGCAGAAAGAGGUGUUUGAGAUGUACGAACGGGCUCUGAACCUGCCCCCAGGGCUGCUGGCGAUGCUGGGCUAUGUCCCUCCCGAAAUCGCGGCCCUCAUGCCGCAGCUUCCCAAGGGUCCCCAGGGUCCCAUGGAACCCAAACCAGAGCCCUCCUCCAGAUUCCAGCAGAACAGCCCUCUACAGCAGCCGCAAAAGCAGCAGAACACUUCUCCACAGUAUCAACACAAGCAGUUUAAACACAUGCAGUGCAACCCCAUUCCACAACAACCUCCCAGCACGGACUCCUCUGGUAACCUUCUGAAGGACAUCCAGCUGAAGAGGACCCCCAAAAAGCGUGACCCUUUCCUGGACAUAGACCUUAGGGAGGACAGGAGAGCAGAGAGGCCGAAUGUCCAGCUCAGGAAGACAUCAGGACAAACGAGGGACACAGGCGUUGAUGAGAUGGUAGAACUGAAGGCCACUCUGAAAGAUGUGAUGAAGACACUGAAGCCUGUCCCUCGGAGGCGGCAGCCGGCCAAGGUGGAUGUGACGCCCCGCGAUGAACUUCUUAAUGAGAUCAAAAAGAGCAACGUGGCCUAUCUCAAAGCUGUGCCACUCCCCAAAGAAUUGGAAUCAAGAGAAACCAGUCUCUUCAAUCUCUGA